AUGCACGCAGGGUAUGCCAACAACAUUCUUGCGCCAGGACCGAAGCCCCCUGAACACAUUGCCCGAUUGCGCAGCUUACUCGUCGAUGCUGAGGCAGAGUUGCGACGACGGCGCCAACAUCGAUUGGAGCUUGAGAGUAGCAAGUUGCCUUCGGCCGAUCGGUCGGCUGACAUCCAUGUGGACGUGGAGCUGCCCGACGAUCCGCCAGAGGAACUGGCAAUGAAGGCCAUGGCAGCUCAUCACGAGCCUCCUCCAGCAGCGUUGCAUCGGUUAGCCGUUGCUGUGAUGCUGUUGCUGGAGGCCCCACUGCUCGUUGACCUGGGAGAUCAUCCCUUGCCUUGGCGGGUGCCAUGGCGGAAUCUCCAAGUCCUUCUGCGCAAGCCGUGUGAGGAAGCUGCAGACGCAGCCAAAGCAUCUCACGCGCCUAUGGUUUCCAUAGUGGCAGCUUUGCGCAGGCAUCCGUUUGGACAGCGCUUGGCCAAACAUGUUCAUCGAAUCUUGGCGGGUGAUUUGCCCGUGACACGAGAGGAAGUACUGCAGGCAGACAAGCAGUGUGUAUGCUUGUAUGAUUGGGUGCACGAAAUGACCGCACCUUUGCUGAAUCUUCCUGAUUCCCAAAGUGCCUCGCCAGACUCACCUACAUUAGAUGCAGCUGAAUCGCAAGAUGAUCGCUCCGCAGCGGUUGUGGCUGUGUCCGAACAGGAGAAAGAGGUGGCACGAUUACGACGCAAACUGCGUGAGGCUGAAAGAUCGGAGCAAGCAGCGGCAGACUUUGCAUCGGAGAAUGAUCCUGCGGGUGUACCCAUUGAGGCAUCCAGCAACCGAAAUGAGAGUCCGGCUUCGCCAGAGCUUCCGGAGCUUCCAGAGGAGCUUCGAGAGGAGCUUGAAGUAACUGGACAGAAGUCUCUUCAGUAUCGGCUGGAAGAGGUGAGUGUGCCUGCAACACAAGAGGCUGUUCUGCGCUCUCUUGUUAAGACUCUGCUCGAGCCACGUGCUGGCUCCAAGCGCUGUUUGGAAAUUGUGGGUCAUGCAGAAGAUCGGGAGGAUGCAGAGAUUGCAAAAGAAAGAGCAGAAGCAGCAAAGGCGUGGCUGCUGAGCUGCGGUGUUCCGCCUGAGCGUCUGAUCGCUGUACGUUGGGAAGCAGGUGGUCCUUCUAUCUGUCGGCGCACAGACCUUCGACUGCUGGAGCCAGUUGGUGCAGAUUCUGCGAUGCGGCAAAAAGCCGCGGAGCUCAUGAAACGCAUCUUUGCCGGCCGUGCCGGACUUGUUGAAGGAGAGGGGCCAAAUUCCCGUGCUGAACAGUGUGGGACAAGUGGGAGUAACAUGCCUGGUGACACGAAAGAAUGCCAAAAAGAUAUGGAGGCUGUGGCUGCGCAGCCCAGUUACAAUUUGGAAGAAAGCUUCGAUUCUGCCACUCAGCGUCGUCAACUUCGACUGGUCUUUCGGAAGGAGACGUUGACUCCAACGGACGCAGUGUUGGAGGUUGGUUCUCGCACUGUGCGCUUGGGCAGCCUUGCUGGUGCAUGGAAAGAGUUGGAGGUGACGCUGCCGUUUGAGGUUAGAUCGCUGGAGCAACCCGCAGCAAAAUUUUCUAGACGAGCAGGUACGUUGACGGUGCUUCUGACGGCGGCUCACGAUUAG